AUGGCCGGGUCUCUGCUUCCCCGCAACUUCGGCGUCGCCGAGAACGGCGCGCGGGUGGUCGACUUCAGCUCGCAGUACCACCACAACUCGGGGGUCCAGAACCUUGUGCGCCAGGAUCCCUCGGUCUGCUGGUUCACGUCGGUCUACGCGCCCCUCCCCCAGCACGUCGUCAUCGACAUGGGCCAGCCGGUCUGCCUCACGCGCGUGGGCAUCUUCCUCCACGGUGAAAACAGCCAGAACCCCCGGCGCGUCUCCUUUGCGUGCGGGGCCGACCCUGCCUGCCCCGAGCCCCUCGCCGAGAUGGACCUCCCGCACCGGGGCGGAGACCACCUGUGCACCCUUCCGUCCCCCCGCGUGGCGCGCUUCGUGCGCUACACGAUCCUCGAGAACUUCGGGGGCUCGGGCGCCUACACGACCGGACUCCAGCUCUACGGGGUCCCCGCCCAGUAA